UCGCUAUUUUGGCCGUCAAAUUGGUAUUCUGAAUCAAGAUGAAGAAGAAAAAGAGCUCGUAGCAACAAACAUGUCUGCUGCCAUCAUGCACCGUAUUUCUAAUGCUCUGUCUAAAUUUGAAAACUCUGUCGGUGCUUUAUUAGCCCGACUAUUCCCUCCAGCUGGACCAGAAUUUGCAUUGGCAGGGUUGGAUACACGAGCUUGUCAUCCACCAACAAGAUUUCUACCAAGUGCUAAACAAAUUUGGGAAGAUGCUAUACUUGCUGCUGUUCCAAGAAACAGACGUACUAUUGAAAAACGAUUAAAAAGGCGCUUCGGCCACCCUGAUUAUGUAUGGAAGAUGAUGUUCUUGAAGAAAAACUUACAGACCUGUAUGCAGUGUGGCAGCUUCCAUGAACCCGGUCUUCUGUGUCCCAAUUGCUAUCACAAAGUCAUUCAAGAAACAAAAGAAAUUAGAGACAAAAUUCAAGAGACUUUGAAGCUGGAACCUGUUGAAAAGGAUGUAAUUGUUUUGUAUGAGAAUGAUCAAGUGGCUUCAGAAUUUUGUGACGGCAAGCGAAUUGUUGAAAUGGAGAAGCCAAGACCAGAAUGGUUCACUAGCAACCUCAUGGAACCAAGUACGCAAGGGCCCAAUGAAGAUGUGAAGGAAGUUAAACCUAAGGAUCUGGCUUGACAAAAUCAGCCACACCUUAUGAUAGUGGUAGUUACCCUUGGUUAUAAUCAACUAAGGCCUCUUCAUAUUACAAUUAGGCAAAAAAAUGUUUUGUCAUUUGUAUAUUUUCUAUAGUAAUUAAUAAAUUGUUCACCAAAAAUU